AUGUCAGCAACCCGCGGCUCUAGAGCCGCAUGGGGCUCUUUCAUCCCCUGCUGCGGCUCCCUGUCGUUCAAAAUUUGUGUCACAACCGCCAAUAUGAGACACCUGCCGGCACGCAAUUUAUUGAGCUUUUCGAACCCCAAUAGGCUAAGAAAACACCUGGAGCCACAAAACCCUUCCCAAUGUCUGACUCUUUCCUCAGCGGCCACAAAACCAGCAUUUGUAAUGGUUGCCUCUCUGAAGUCUUGGCCUCUUUUGAUUGCCAUGGCUCUGUGCAUCAUGUUCUGUCUGGGAACUUUUGUGGAUGCCUAUCCACCCAAGCCUGAGAGCCCUGGAGAAAACGCUUCGCCGGAAGAAAUGGCAAAAUACCUUGCUGACCUUCGGCAUUACAUUAACUUGGUGACAAGGCAAAGGUAUGGCAAGAGAUCUAUCCCAGAGACCUUGAUGUCAGAGCUUGUUUUUGGAGACAAUAGUAAUGCCAGAUCAAGGUUUGAUGAUUCCUAUAUGUGGUGAAGACUUACUCACUUUUCAGUGAAUGGAAGAUCACCUGCCUCUUUUUAAAUAUUCCACUCCUGUUGUGUCAUUUAACAUUUUUUAAAAGCCUGUUCUUUCCCCAUUUCUGUUUUCUAUCAAAUGUUGAAUCUUGGGAAAUCAUCCCUUUGGGGAUUCCUUCUGCCCCCUAAAUUUUUUUUAAAAUGAAAAUGCUUCGUGAAAGCAUAAGGGGACACUGCAAGAAAUCUAUUGUGCUGGGAACAGGUAUGAUGUAUACUUGUGUUCAGUAGUGGCCUAGGCUUUGUUUAAAAUAAUGUCUGCAUUGACUCACCCAUGAAAGAUCACACUAUGUCCACUCUUUAUUUUAUACAAUAAUAGAUGUGUGUGCGCGUAUGAAUGUUUGUAUGUGUGUGUGUGUAGUGUGUAUGUGUAUAUAUAUCUAUAUAUCUAUAGAUAUAGAUAUAUAAAUGUAUGCAUAUUCAAAGAAUUUUCUGCAUCAACAAUAAAAAAGCAUA